CGAAAAAGAUAUUCAUUCCGUCACAUCCAAUUUUCAUCGAAAUCGAUUUUCCACAUUCACAUAAAAGCCACCAUCUUGGUAUAUGUCCGGAAAAUCGUUUGCUCUUGGUUGCACGUACAAUCGGUAUUUUAAAACGGAAUUGUUGGUGGAAAACUGGUGAAAAAUUGUCGAAAACAAGUUCAAAGUGUGUUUUAAGUUAAGAUGCGAUUGAUGUAGUGUUGAAUGGAACUGUAACAUUGAAUUUUAGUGGAUAUAUUCGCAAAAUUGGAUUAACGACAUUUCGAAAAGAAAUCAUUUUUUAGAUACGCCAUGGCGCCAAAUACGAGAAUUUUUAAAAGGGAAACGGAAAAAAAUUUAACACUAGUUAAUUUCAACAAGCAUCACAGAUUAACGACAAGUACAACAGAAUCAUCGGUCGAUACAACAAGCGAAGAUUUCGAUGCAAUCACAUCAUCUGAUGUCACAGAACCAGCGACCGACAAGACCAUCGGUAAAACGGUUAUAGAGGACACAAAAGAACUUGCCGAAGAUCUGGGCUUACCGACAUGGGGUCUAGUUACGAUUAUGAUUGUUGUAUGUAUUGUGAUACUGGGAAUAUGUUUCUUUUGUAUUCGUCGGUGUUGUCGAAAACGGCGCGGCAAAGAUGGCAAGAAGGGUAUGAAAGGCGUAGACCUAAAAUCAGUUCAACUACUUGGUUCAGCGUACAAGGAAAAGGUACAGCCCGAUAUGGAAGAAUUGACAGAAAAUGCGGAGGAACCGGAUGAAGAGGAACAAAGCAAACAGAGUGUACAAAAGUUGGGUAAAUUACAGUAUAAGCUGGAGUAUGACUUUAACUCAAACAGUCUGGCCGUAACUGUUCAUCAAGCCGAAGACUUACCUGCCUUAGAUAUGGGCGGAACGUCCGAUCCAUACGUAAAAGUAUAUUUGCUUCCAGAUAAAAAGAAAAAGUUCGAAACAAAAGUACACCGAAAAACACUUAGUCCUGUAUUCAAUGAACAGUUUGUGUUCAAAUCCCUUCCAUAUGCGGAUGCAAUGAACAAAACCCUUGUGUUUGCCAUAUUCGAUUUUGAUCGUUUCUCCAAGCACGAUCAAAUUGGUGAAGUAAAGGUACCACUGUGUCAAGUUGAUUUGGCACAGACCAUUGAAGAAUGGCGCGAAUUGCAAUCGGUUGAAGGUGAAGGUGGUCAGGAAAACAAGCUCGGUGAUAUCUGUUUCUCGUUACGUUACGUACCCACAGCUGGCAAACUAACUGUCGUCAUCUUGGAAGCCAAGAACUUGAAAAAGAUGGACGUUGGCGGAUUAUCUGAUCCUUAUGUCAAGAUAGCAUUGAUGCAAAAUGGCAAACGUUUGAAGAAAAAGAAGACAAGUAUCAAAAAAUGCACCCUGAAUCCAUACUACAAUGAAUCGUUUUCAUUUGAAGUUCCAUUUGAACAAAUACAAAAAGUGCAACUAGUCGUCACUGUUGUGGAUUACGAUCGUAUUGGUACAUCUGAACCAAUCGGAAAGGUAGUAUUGGGCUAUCAGGCAUCCGGCACCGAGUUGCGUCACUGGUCCGAUAUGUUGGCCUCACCGAGACGUCCAAUUGCUCAAUGGCAUACGCUGAAGGAUCCGGAAGAUUCCGACAAGAAAGAGUAAAGUGAUCAACUGGCUCCGUCGGGACAUCGAGGACAAGUAACGUUAAACAACUAAAUGAGAAAAUAACAUGUUACGAAUGCGUUGGUUAAAAAUUUUCAUUUUUCAAAAAAAAGGACUUGGUUCUCUUUGUUUGUUAUUUUAUUUGUUUAAAAAAAUUAGAGAUCAAGCGAAUUAAAUGGAUUAACGUCGGUGAAAUGUAGAUCAGAGAAUUAUAUAAAUAUGUUUCCAUCCUGGAAUGAAACGAUAGAAAUAUAUACCUUUAAUAACCCAAUAUGUUAUGUAAAUAACGGUAUUUGCUAAGGUAUAAACACUAAAAUUAAAGGAUAAUGCAAGGCAUAUUAUUUUGUAUGUUGUAGAGGAAAAAAAAUGCUUAUAAGAGUAAUAUAUAAUUCAAACAGUAAAGUAAAAAAAAAACAGACAAAGGCCACGUUAAGUGAAUAAAAUUGCAUUUUAGUCCAAAUUGUGCAGGAUAUACAGAAAACAUUUACGCAAUAAAAAAAUUAUAUGAAGAAAAUAUAUCCCAGACACGAUUAGCAAUUUUUUCGACAACAUAAAUUUUACUCAUUUGACAACUUAAUUUUUUAUAUUUUUCUUUCUUUAAAAAAAUGUUUUUCUUUUCAAUUAUUUUGCUUUUAAUUUUUAUUGAUUUUUUUUACUUAAAUAAAAAGAUUUAUGACUAAAUAUUAUAAGAACAAUAAUAGCUAUUAAAGUUUAAAUAAAGAAAAAAAAACAAACAAAAUUGAUGUUCUCUUAUAUUGUACGAAAAAGUAAAAAAAAAACAAACAAACAAAAAAAUCAUUUAGAUAAAAGAAAAACUGAAAUUCCUUCUUUCGAAAUAAGUGUUGUGUACAAAAUUGAAAAAAAAAACAUCGAAGUAGUGUAAAUUGAACGGGAAAAAUAUUAGACAACAAAGAAACAUAGGAACAUAAUGACUGCUUCAAAACAGGAAGUUUCUUUUCUUAUUUUUUGUUUUUAUUUUUUGAAGUUUCUGUUUCCAAAUCGAUAUAUUUUGAUCAAUUUUGUACAUAAUUUUGGAAAUAAUGGUCAGUAACUGAAGCUAUGACGUUAUUUAUGCACUAUAAUACAGCAAGUGUCUUCCUUGUUUUAAUUUUUAAGUUUUGUUUUGUUUUUCUGUGUUAAUUUUAAGUUUAAUUAAAUUCGAUAAAUUUUUUAUUUUGUUGAUUAUUUACACACAACAUAACGUCAUAACCUCAAUUCGAAUAAAUAUAUGAAUUUUAAUUUAAAAAAAGAAGAAAUUUUACACUUCACGACUGUCAAUUUUGUAACGAUAUUACAUCAGCUGAUUAUCUCACUGAAUGUACGAUAUACGUACAUCGCAUCGUGCAUUCGUUUUGUAUAGAAUGAAUUUUCAUUGAGCAGUGGCGUCAGCGGUGGUUUUGUCAAUGUGGGAUGCAUGGAGCAAUUGCUCCUGUCCACCUCGCGGCUUCGGCUUCAACAUAAAUUAAGAGGCCAGUUUAAACCGAGAUUGUUACUGUUAACAGAGAUCUGAUUUCAAUUUUUAAGGUCAGGUUAAACAUUGGGCCAUGUAUAACGCCUUAACCUGGUCUCACUGCCAAUUUGUUCAAAAUCUUUAAGCUCGUUCUCAUUCGUAGCUUUGUGCUCGUUCUCAUUCGUAGCUUUGUUUGUUAUUUCUUGUCCAAUAGAAGCAGUUUCCCCAAUCCACUUCGUGAAUUGGGCAUCACUUCAGAUGUGGAAAGCUGAGAACAUUUUCUAUGUCAACUGUUGAUAGAUUUAAGAUUUAAAGUUUUUUUAACAUCAAUAUAAUCUCCGCAUUGAGAAUUGACGAAAUGACCUAUAUGAAAUAUCCAGUGGAGGAUGAAGAUGGAAUUACCUUAAAGUAUACCCUCUCAUUUACUUAAAGACUAAAACGGAUCUAUGAGAGUGUGUGCAUUGAAAUACAAACCAAGUGAGUGUGAAUUUAGUAACAAAGUCGACGAUCAUUAAGUGUAAUUAAAUAUUGUAAAAAUAAAAAAAAAUUCUUAACAGACGCUAACAGACCAAAGAGAACUGUAGUAAAUAUUUUAAAAAUGUUUUUGAGUGGGAAGAGAGAAUCUUAAAAUAUUUCAUAUCAUUUCACAUAACCUGAGUAUAACAAAAACUAGUUUAGCCAAAACAAAAUUUUGAAAAUUAGUAACGGAAAAAGGUCGUGAAGCAACGACAGAUAUUUUUUUUUCGUUUUAGUGAGCUUUUAAUGGUGAUUCGAGAUGAAAAUAUAUUUUUUGAAAUAAAACUUGAACAGAAAUUUAAAUAAAACUUCUGAUGUAAGGAACUGCGUUAUUAAAGUUGGGCAGUCUGACUUUUCACAAAAUAUUUUGAACAUUGUCAGAUCCAUCUGAAAAACGCAGAUCUUGAUUCAAUGCUAAAAAUAAAUUUUUGUUUCUUCAGCUUUAUCACUCUUUUGUCUCCUGUCUAAUUUGGUAGAAUUUAAAAAAAAUAAUAAAAAACUAAAACAUAAAAUAAAAACAAAAUGACUGAUACCAUAAUAGUAUGAUAAAAAAAAUUAGUUUUAAAUUAUGUUUUGCGAACAUUAAAAAUGACCGAAAAAUUAAAAGAAAAAAAAUUAUAAAAAAGUAGAAAUUUGCACAAUAAAAAAGUACGGUUCACCAUUUAAAAAAUUAAAUAAAAAAAAAUAUUUUGAUUGUUCAUGUGUUUAGGCUGGAUUUAGAUGUUAGUUGAAUCAUUAGUUUCAAUUUUUAUUUUAACAAAAAUUACCGAUUCGACGAACGUAAUUUUAAAUAAAAAAAAAAAAUUAGCAAAAAAAUAAUAUUUCGAUUAAAAUUGUUCUUUCGAUUAUUGUUGGGUGGUUAACUCCUUUAAAAAAUUUACCCCAUGCCAUCUACCAUUUCAACAUUCCAUUAUUUCCAAAAAAAAACAAACAAAUGUAACAAAAAAAUCGAUUCAAAAAUCUUUGAGAAUUCGAUAAAGAAAAGCUUUUUUUGGUUAACUCAACGUAUAUCAAAUUCACAAUGACAAAAUUGUAAAUAAUUCGAAUAUACACACCUACAUAUAAAAUACAAAACACUAACUUAAAAGAAGAACAAACAAAAUAUUCAAACUAAAGAUUCAACAUAAAAUCAUGUACAUAAAAAAUAGUUAAAACAAAGAGGAAAAAAACUAUCGAAAAAUCAAUCACUCAUGCAUCAUCAUAAAAACUUAAGAUUCAAAUGGAUAAAAUAUCAUUACAAAGUACACAAAUCUAAUAGGAACAAAUUUCUUGGGUUUAUUUCCUUUAAUUUAACUGAUAAAACGAACGUUAAAACUUUAAAUGAUUUACCAAUUUAUUGGUUCAAUAAUUCAAUAUAUUGUGAUUACGAUCACCAUGCCGUUCUGAUUUCAUCUUAUUUAAUGCUUCUUUUAUUUUAAUGGAUUGAUUUACUAAAGUAAAUGAUGAACAAGCAUCUAAUCUAAAUAAACAAUAUCUAAAUACAUACCGCAGACACUAAAACUUUACAAAUCACAGUUUACAUUUAAGUUUAGACGUUCACUUUAGUAAAACCCAAUAAACAACAAAAAUAAUUCGUAGACUACACACGAAAAAAGGAGCACACUAAUUUAUUCACAGAACAAAAAAUGAAUAUUAUUAUAAAAAAAAGUCGUAAAAUAAACUAUUUAACAAAA